AUGACGCAUGCGGAAGCGUGGACAGGCUCUCGCUUCAGGAGAAAAGGCCCCUUCAGCGCUUCCGGGAGCCCCGAGGCGGCGGCCAGUACCGGCAGCCUCCAGCACCUCUCAGGGAGUCUCGGACGUGAGGCCGGAGGCCCCACUCCCCGCGGAGCCCAGAUGCCCGUCCAGCCUCCAAGCAAAGACACAGAGGAGAUGGAAGCAGAGGGCGACUCAGCCGCCGAGAUGAAUGGGGAGGAGGAAGAGAGCGAGGAGGAGCGGAGCGGCAGCCAGACCGAGUCCGAGGAGGAGAGCUCAGAGAUGGACGAUGAGGGCUACGAGCGCCGCCGCAGCGAGUGCGUCAGUGAAAUGCUGGACCUGGAGAAGCAGUUCUCGGAGCUGAAGGAGAAGUUGUUCAGGGAACGGCUGAGUCAGCUGCGGGUGCGGCUGGAGGAGGUGGGAGCUGAGAGGGCGCCCGAAUACACAGAGCCUCUCGGGGGGCUGCAGCGGAGCCUCAAGAUCCGCAUUCAGGUGGCAGGGAUUUACAAGGGCUUCUGUCUGGACGUGAUCAGGAACAAGUACGAGUGUGAGCUGCAGGGAGCCAAGCAGCACCUGGAGAGUGAGAAGCUGCUGCUCUACGACACCCUGCAUGGGGAGCUGCAGGAGCGGAUCCAGAGGCUGGAGGAGGACCGCCAGAGCCUGGACAUCAGCUCUGAGUGGUGGGAUGACAAACUGCACGCCAGAGGCAGCUCGAAGACCUGGGGCUCCCUGCCGCCCAGCAAGAGGAAGAAGGCCCCCCUUGUUUCCGGCCCUUACAUCGUAUACAUGCUGCAGGAGAUCGACAUCCUGGAGGACUGGACGGCCAUCAAAAAGGCGAGAGCAGCCGUGUCCCCUCAGAAGAGAAAAUCAGAUGCCCCGCCUCCAGGAAAGGAGCCCAGAGGGAGGCAGGGGCUGUGUCAGCUCAGUGGCCUGAGAGAGUCAGGACGGUCUGGGUGUGAGGGCAUUGUGGGAGUUAGGGCGGGGGACCUUGACCUUGCUGUUCACAGCCAGGGGGCCCUUGGAGCAGCUGGCAGCAAACCCAGCAUUUGAACUUACCUGCUGCAGAAAGGCAGACUGACAGGCCCCUCAGCGUCUGCCCAGCCAGCCCUCCAGUGCUGCUGUGGCCCUCCCCUCCAGCCGCCACUGGUCUGGACUCCUCCUCUGCCCCUCCUCGGGGCCCUGUUCAACUGUGGCCUGGAGCUGCCCUAGCCAGGCAACACUGUCUCCUCCAUCCCCGGCCAGCCCACCACCUGCCCCCACCGAAGGUCAGCCUUCUCGGUGCCCUCCCUGAUGAAGACGUGUCCCAUCUUAAGCCAAAGCAACAUCCUUUCUGCCGACCUUGGACCCGGCUCCCUAGUCACCGAGCCAGUGAGCUGGGUCCCACUUCACGGGAACUCUGGGCCAGAAAUGAUAUUUGGGGGACCUUUGUGUCCUGGCUGUUGCUGGAGGUGAGAAGGCAGGCUCCCCAGGUCUUCCUUCUCAAGGCGGUUCCUGGUGUCCGCCUCCCAGAUUUCAGGGACUGGAAUUAAAACCUUUCCUGGGACUCUG